AUGGUGAUACAACUUACAGAAUCAGUUCUCGAAUCUGCCAGCACAAUGAAUCCCUGGAUCACUGAUAACCCAGAAUAUUGGACUACUGACUUUCGCCUCCGAGAUCUGCCUAUUCGCCGCGUUAAACGGUGGAGCUUUUCGAUUCAGGAAUUGCUCAAGGACUCAGCAGGCCGGGAGGAAUUUCGGCAUUGGCUAGAAAAAGAGUUUUCGGCUGAAAAUCUUUGCUUCUGGCAGGAAUGUCAGGAACUUAAAGGUGCUCCUUUACGGGAUGUCGGACGUCGUAUUCAAGCCAUUUACGCCCAGUAUUUGGCUCCGAAUGCGCCUGAUCCGCUGAACGUAGACAGUCGAGUCGCCGACUCGGUGCGGCGGCGCGUUGCUGAGGCUUCAUCAGUCUCUUCGAUCUGCCUCGACCGUUAUUGCUUUGAAGAGGCUGAAGAACACAUAUUCCAUUUAAUGAAGUCUGACUCUUAUUGCCGCUUCUUGCGCUCCGACGUUUAUCGAAAGCUUUUUUCAGGCACUAAGAAAAAAUCCAAGAAGCACCGCACUGGCGUCAGUUUGGGUGGAGGCACGGGUGGUCCUGGAGGUGGAGCUACUGGUGGUGGAACUGGCCUCGGGAAUGUUGGAAUAACAACCUCACUCAUCGGUUCUCCUGGUAGUGGAGGUACCGGCGUUCUCAGCAGUGGGGGGGGGGGAGGACUCAGUGGAGGUAUAACCGGCAGUGCUGGCCUCGGAUUGACUCAAUAUGAAUCUGUCGCAGUCUCUGGCUGUGGGUUUGCAGCUGCCACCACUGCUGGGAAUCUGGUUACUGGUUCCAAUGGCACUGGGGGGGGAUUUGUACAGGUGGUCGACUGA